UAUCCUCUUCCAAGAGUUUAUCCUCUUCCAAGAGUUUAUCCUCUUCCAAGAGUUUAUCCUCUUCCAAGAGUUUAUCCUCUUCCAAGAGUUUAUCCGCUCCUUCUGCGUCCCAACCAGACGCGUCCAUCCAUUCAGAGGCAAGAGACGAAGAGUCUAGCAUCAGCACCAGCAGCUCGUCCACUCACCCCGCAUCUAUCCCAGCUGCAUCCGCUCGUUCGGCGUCGCCUGAUUUUUCUACUUGGAUCGAGAUAUCUGACAAGAAAUGGUCAGAUCAGGUGUUCAGUGUCAUGAACGGGGCUGAGGAGAGAAAGAGAAAGACAGCUCAAGAACAGGCCCUCGCCGCCGCUGGAGUGUCCACUCAUUCCGUAUCCAUUCCAGAUGCGUCCACUCGCCCGGCGUCACCCGAGUUCUCUACUUGGGUCGAGAUAUCUGACAAGAAAUGGCCUGACCAGGUGUUCAAUGUCAUGAACGGGGCGGAGGAGAGAAAGAGAAAGACAGCUCAAGAACAGGCCGUCGCCGUCGCUGAGGUGUCCACUCAUUCUGCAUUUGGUUCAGAUAUGUCCGGUCGUUCGCAAUCGCCCGAGUUCUCUACUUACGUUGAUGUUGACGAGAAAAAAUGGUCCGACGGAACAUUUGAUUUGUUCAACUUGAUGGACGAGGACCGACGAGAGAGAGCCAUAAGAGACGCCCGCGAUGCCGCCGGCGUGCCCCCUCCUUUUGAAUGCGGUUCAGAUGCGUCCGAUCUUUCACUGUCAUCCGAAUUUUCUUCCCCAUGGUUCAAGCUCGACGUCGAAAAAUGGUCGGAUGAUACAUUCCAAAUUUAUACAGAGAUUGAAGAAUGCCGACGACGAGGUCCAGAAACUACUACCACUCUUUCUACAUCCGGCUCAGAUGCAUCCCUUCCUCUAGAAACCGACGCUCAUUCCGCUGCUCAGCAGCACUUCCAAUCUUUCCUGCCGCCUCCAUCACCUUCGGUCGAGGCUCCAUCCAUUCCUGUUGUUUCCAAGCCAGUGCGAGUACACCACCACCAUACUGCACCGGUUCAGCAGUUCCCUCCAUUCCGGCCUUCCCGUUCUUCGCGACACUUCCACACCAUGCGUCAGCUUCCAUCAGCCCGUGCUGUGGAGCCACGCCAGUCACCAGAAGUGCCAUCUCGAGAAUCCGGAUUCGGCUGGAAGUCCCUCGCUUGUGUUGCAGUUGCUGCUGCCACUGUCGGAGCCGGCCUUGCGUACUGGUUCUCCGGUUAGACAUCACGUUCUUUUGUCCCCACGUUUGUUCGAGUUUGCGACUGGUGAGGCGGUUUUGCGGUGCCCUUGUGGUUAGGCUCUGGUUGUCUCUCUUUUCUGUUUGGGUUGUUUUGGACACUGGUGUUGGUGUUUGGUGUUUAGUGCUUUUGGAAACUGUUCCCCAU